AUGUUGACACUUGGACUUGGUCAACUAUUUUAUGUGUUGCUUUGUUUUAUUAAUGCUAUUGCUGUCUUGAGUGAAGAACGAUUCUUGGCUAGAAUCGGUUGGACUGCACAACCUGAUGCAGGUUUUGGUAAUGAACAAGGACAGUCUAUUAAAUACAAAAUGAUCAACUUGAUAUCUGCUGUGAGAACACUUAUGCGAAUCCCUUUGAUAGCCAUCAAUAUU